AUGUCUAAGGCUAAAGAACUAAAGGAAAAGCAAGAAUUGCAAACUAGGCUACAGGAAGCCUUUAAUAAAGAUUUUUCGAAAGUGCUGAGUUGGUUUGAUAACGAUACGCCUAAUAAACAAUCUGAAGAGCUUUUAGGUUCCAGAGAAGCCUUCUUUAGAUUGCCCGUCGUUCAAAUAGGAUCCGGAUUGGGUGUGAAAGACGGGCAUGAGAGUGGAAAUACUCAAGAUAUUCAAACAGUUGGCGAAUUUAUUAAAGGUAAUAAGAAGCUGAGCACAUUAGCCAAGAAGAAGCAGAAGCAAAAUGGUCAAGAGAGAAAUGAUAUAUAUAGAAUCCAGAAGGAAGACACGAAGGCAAUGGUAGCUCUGAAGCAUAAGAUGAGAAAUAGUAAAAGAGCACAAGCUAAAGAUAGAAUUUCUCAAUUGCAUCAACAAGUAGAAGCAUCAUCAGAAAACUUAAACAGCGUUCAACGUUCUGACAGUGACGACGACGACGACCAAGUAAUCCAGAAAACAACAAAAAAAAGUUUAGCCUGUUAUUUCCUAAUAAGAAGAAGAAGUAAUGGAAUCCUCAACAAUUCCUACUUUAAGCAUCUGUCUAUUCUAAUUUACUGGUAA